CGGGUAAUUGUCAAAUCCGAUCAGACCAGAACGGAGUCAUACUCGACCGCUUCCCGGUUCACUCUUCCUCCGGACGUCGCACAUUUGAAGAUCGUAAAUAUGGGCACAGAGGGGCUGCAGCCGGCGGGGAGAGUUACCUGGGAAGAAAGCAAAGGCUCAGGCUAACCUAAACGUUGUCUGCUCCGCCCCAUCCUCCUUUUCUCGAAGGAAAGAUGACUGCGGAUGUCGAGAUGAAGGAGGUCCAGACGUCGUCUAACUCUGUUGCAUCCGCCGCCGUUCCCUCCACUCUUCAACAUUUGAAGGAGAUCGCUGCGCUAAUUGAGACAGGCGCGCAGGCCAAAGAGGUGCGGCGCGUCGUGCGGGCGGUACGGCUUACGAUGAUGCUCCGCCGGAAGCUGAAGGCGCCGGUGGUUUCUGCUUUUCUUGGUCAUGUCCUUACCCCGGGGUCAGAAGCUUUUGCUAAGCUCUCAUCGUUUCUCCCGAAGGAAAAUGAGAGUGACAUGGAGGUGGACACAACUGCUUCAUCAAUCCAAACUUCUGCCAAGCAUUCUAUACCAGAGAUAGAAAUUUACUGUUACUUGCUAGUUCUCUUAUUUCUUAUUGACCAAAAGAGAUAUGAUGAGGCUAAAGCAUGUUCUUCUGCCAGCAUUGCUCAACUAAGGAACAUGAAUCGAAGAACUGUGGAUGUUUUAGCUUCACGCCUGUACCUCUAUUACUCAUUCACUUAUGAGCUCACCAAUAGCCUUGCUGAAAUUCGUGGGACCCUUCUUGCCUUGCAUAGAAUGACAACCUUGCGACGAGAUGAGCUGGGUCAGGAAACCCUUCUGAAUCUUCUACUUCGCAAUUAUCUCCAUUACAAUUUGUACGACCAGGCAGAGAAGUUGAGGUCAAAAGCACCACGUUUUGAGGCACACUCAAAUCAACAGUUCUGUCGUUAUCUGUUCUACCUUGGAAAAAUACGAACAAUUCAGUUGGAGUAUACAGAUGCUAAAGAGAGCCUCCUGCAAGCUGCUCGGAAAGCUCCAGUCUCUGCUCGUGGUUUUCGAAUCCAGUGCAGCAAGUGGGCUAUUAUUGUCCGAUUACUGCUUGGUGAGAUCCCUGAUAGAACUGUUUUUAUGCAGAAAGGCAUGAAAAAGGCAUUGUCUCCAUAUUUUGAGCUUACUAAUGCUGUCAGGAUUGGAGAUCUGGAGUUAUUUAGAACAGUCGCUGAGAAAUUUUCUGGGACUUUCAGUUCAGACAAGACUCACAAUCUAAUUGUCAGAUUACGCCACAAUGUUAUACGGACUGGAUUACGCAAUCUUAGCAUUUCAUACUCUCGGAUUUCCCUUGCUGAUGUAGCUAGAAAGCUGAGAUUGGACUCUGCUAAUCCUGUGGCUGACGCCGAGAGCAUUGUUGCCAAAGCUAUUAGAGAUGGGGCAAUAGAUGCAACCAUAGAUCAUGCUGAUGGAUGGAUGGUAUCCAAGGAAACUGGAGAUGUCUACUCCACCAUUGAACCCCAGAUUGCAUUCAAUUCCAGGAUUGCCUUCUGCCUCAACAUGCACAAUGAAGCUGUGAGAGCCCUUAGGUUCCCGCUGAACUCCAACAAGGAGAUGGAAAGUGAAGAGAAGAGACGGGAGAGACAGCAGCAAGAGCAGGAGCUUGCUAAGCACAUAGCGGAGGAAGAUGAUGAUGAUUUCUAAUCAAGUCAAAAAUAAUUCAGAUGCUAUACGAGACUUUUCUGUUCUUGAAAUGGCAGUAAUGGAUAAGAAUGUGCUUUAUUUAUUCUUCUCAAAUUGUCAAAAUGCUCGAUUCAUGUUUUGUUCCAUCCAGAGAUGUUUCAUUUAACUGAAAUGGCUGUGUGAUGGAUUACCCUUUUAGUUUAUCUGUUCAUUGCAUUUGAUUUGAA